AUGGCCAGGUUCAGCAUACCGUUCCUCGGUUUGUGUCUAGGCGUCAGCUCAUGGCGCCACAUCAGUACCGCAUUCAAGCGCAAGCUCUGUCGCUUUGCAGAGGACUUGUCGGAAGACGAUGAGCAAGAUACGGUGGUCGAAGCCCUCAAAGCCGGCCAUAACAGAUCUACAGAAAACCGGAUAUACGGUCGAAGUCCAGACGCGCUUGCAGGGGCGCCAGAGGACCUGCUGGCUCUAUUUCUUCAAGCCAGUACCAAUUGGCAGUUGUCCCACGAAUUCAAGCAGCUGGCAGAGUCAGGCAGGUUUGGUUCGAACUUUCAAGGGACCAAUUCUCCAGCUGCUGCUGCCGCCGUCACCGCACCUCCACAGUGCCUUGUGAAUGCUCUGGUGCCUGCAGUGGAGACCAUGAUAAUAUCAGCGUUCAUGUAUGCUGAUUACGAUCGCAAGACGACAGCGAGGUUUGGUAUGGAGAAUAGAUGUUUAAAAGUACCAAUGAGUUUACCAGUAGCGAAGCUGGGCAGGAUAGGUAGCGUAGGCGCAACAUACCAAAUGAAGUUGUCAGAUGUCAAUGACCUUGGUAGCGACCCGUCAAAUUUUGAGCGGCGAGAGACAGACGUCAUCGCGAUGCUCAGGACUGGGGGAGGGAAAUAUAUGCUGGCGAUAAUUCCUGCCAUCAUGGAUGCGAACAAGGCAGUGAUAGUCGUUCUUCCACUGAAAUCCUCGACGACUGACUGGGAGAGAAAGCUGAAGGCCAUGAGCGUUCCUUUCCAAGUCUACAAUCAGGCCGUCCCGUUGCUCAAGGAUGUAAACCUCAUUCUAAUAUCCGCAGGUAAGGCAAAAUUCAAGACGUGGAGACAACAUCUAGCGGAACUGAACCAGGUCCUGUCGGUCAGCAGAACCAUCUUUGACGAAGCUCACCUUCGACCUCUAUGCGAGAACUUUAGAGAGGCGAUGCAGUACAUGCAGGAAAUUAGACAGUUCUCCAUGCAAUUGGCGUUGCUGACCGGCACGCUCCCACAAUGA